AUGGCUUCGGCAGGGUACGAUGAAAAAACACAGGAACUAAGCUUACAAUUUAAGUCUCUCGGAGAACAAAACGAUGCUCAAAAAUGGAGGGAGCAUGACCAAAUGAUCUUGUUUUACUUUCUAAAGCAAUAUUUAAAGGACCAAGAAAAAGAUACGGAAAACGACACACUUUUCCGAUCAUAUGGAAGCGCUGCUGAAGAUUUAAAGUGCAUUGAGCCAGAUGAUGUGGGAGAUGUGGAUAUUGUGAUAUAUCCUGGUUCAAAUAAUUUGACGAUCCAUGAGGAAUUGAUCGAAUAUUUACCGAAGAAUCCAAUGCACGUCAGAAUCAAAGGAGCAGAUCACCCCGUUCUAAACUCCUGCCUUGUAGAAGACACAGAGUACGUGGCCACCUCAGUGUUAAAAACGUUCAAUCCGGCAAUUUAUGGGCGUUCAGUGCCUAACGUAGUGGAUAUUAUCAUCAUUGCUACUGCUGGGCCACUGAUGAUGGUGACGACGCCAGAACUGUCAUCUCUUCUACAAAGCACCUACCAUUUAAAAGACAAGGAAGCCAGUCCUGCUUUAACUUUCAGUUUUUCCCGGCCGUUAAACAGACAACCGAAUAACUCGUUUCAUGUUUACAGAGAAGGAUUAAAAAGGAUGGCACACGGCUUUUGUAAACUUACAGGAACUGUUUAUACGGAAGAGCAUACCAAGGUUAUUGACGAUAUUACUCAGCUUACUAAUGAAUUAUAUAUGUAUCUUGAUAGCACACGUCUAAUCACUACUUCAGAAGCACUGCCGGGUUUUCUUGAGUUGAGCUACAGAGCAAAAACCCUUCAAGCUCGGUUUCAAAGUAUUUCUAAGACUCAACCACACAAUUAUAAAACCCAGAGAAAGAAGGAUGUAAAAGACGAGCAACAAAGUAGAGAAAAAACGCAAACUUGUUCCAGAGGACAUUUUUAUCCUGUGAUGGCAAGAAAGCUCAAUCAAAUACUAAGGAGUUUAAUUCCGACGUGAGGAAUCGCUCGACGGGAAACCCUGAUGCGUUGGACGACAGGAGCGAGACAAAAAACAAUGGAGACCUAGUUGAAAGCCAUAUUUUGUCGCAGAAAGAACAGCUAUUUGUAAUGCAGAAGGGAGAAAGGCCCUUUUAUGACUCACAGCGGAAGAAGGCACGUGGAAAACAAAUACUGAACCUCUUUUUCGAUCCCGUGAUUGCGGGAUCCAUAACUGAAGCAAGAGAGGAUUCCAUUAAGGAAGCCGCCAACGUUACAGACUUUGAAAAGUCUUCGGAUCAUGCGAAAGGUGGAGUCGACAUUGUUCCAGCAUUUAAGGCUCCAGGAUGGCCCAUGGUUGCGCAAGAAUGGAUCAGAAGAGAACGCAAGUGGCCUUCUCAAGAGGUAAUCGACCAAAUUCUCAAGGAGGGUUUUCAUCUGGUUGCAAAAGCUCCAAAGAAUGGUGGCAAUCUAGAAUGCGAUUUCAGAAUAUCUUUUGCAAAUGCAGAAUUCCUGUUAAGCAGAGAGUUAAACGAAGUCCAGCGCGAGUGUUACCGCUGCCUAAAAAAAUUUCAUCGAGCCCAUCUUUCCACAAAACCCAAGCGUUUGGUGUCGUUUCACCUGAAGAACCUCUUUCUGCAAACAGUUGAAGAGACUGGUGCUGAAAUUUGGACGCAAAGCAACAGAGUAGAGUGCAUGAUGAAGUUGUUUCGAAGCCUUUUGGAAGCUCUAAGAAAGAGAGAUUUGCGUCACUUCUUUGUGAGAUCUUACAACUUGUUCAGUGUAGACUACAUAGAAGACCUCAAUAUUCUGGAGCCCUUGGUUGAAAUAUGUGAGAAGAUCAAUGAAAAUCCGAUGCAAUUUGUGAGAAAAUUGAUCCAGAGACAAAAUUCCGAACAGGCGAAAAAAGAACAGAACUGCAUGGCAGCUAUUACUACACAAGGUAAAAGUGAUGUCCAUGAAGAAGUUUCCUGCAAAGGCACAGAGAAAGAAUUUAAAGAAGCAAUAAAUCAAGAGAGAAUUUCGAUGGCUAGUUUCCGUUACAACGACCUAAAAGACAUUUUUCUGUCUACUAGCAAGGAGAUGACUGAUUUGGCUUUUAAAGACCCUCAUCGCAGCCUCCAAAGUCUUCAUUCUCUGGAGAAGUCCAUAAUAGAAGAUCUGCGAGAAAUUGAAAAGUACCAUAUCAUUCAAGUUGCUGACUUCCCUAAAAUGUUUGACAUCUACUGGGACACAGCUUACUUCAAACUUCUGUUCAGCCAAGAA